UGAUUAUUCCGCUGGUUUCCUGUCCAUGUUUUAGCAGUUAUGAAGUCGUCACAGCUGCAGGGGAAAUGUAGCUUAAGGUCGGUUUGCAGACAGACUGCCAGUAGCAACAGGUUGAUUAAGCGAGGCGUUUUGUAAGGCCAUGCUGCUCAAUGCCAGGGAGGCAGACCUGAGGAAACAUUCCCUGGCAUUUACCAACGAACUUACUGCAGCUAACAGGAUGAUGAAGAAGAUGGUGAUGGGAGGAGGCCACUUCGGAAGGUGCAGCCCUCGCUAGACUCCUGAUCUCUCCCCCAACACCCCCCUUCCUCCCCCCCCCCCCCCACCCCUCCAACCAUCAUCCAUUCUACUACCCCUCCCCCUCCUCUUCCGGGCUCCAUGGCCAACCACCUGGAGCUGAUCCAGGAGCUGCAGCAGCUGGACAAGGUGCCCAGUCUGGAGAGGCUGCGGGCUGCCCAGAAGCGGAGAACGCAGCAGCUGAAGAGAUGGGCCGUGUACGAGAAGGAGAUGCAAAACAAGAAGCGGAAGGCCGACAAGAAGGGACGCAACGCCAACAACCUGCAGCAGUCGGACAUCAAGAGGCGAGUGUCGUUCGCUGCCAGCGUGGCUCUGCUGGAGGCGUCGGCCAGGAACGAUCCGGAUGAAGUACGUUACCUGCUCAAGAACAAUGUGAGUCCAGAUCUUUGCAAUGAAGAUGGUCUCACCGCCCUCCAUCAGUGUUGUAUAGAUAACUACGAGGAGAUGGUGAAGAUCCUGCUGGACCGAGGAGCCAGUGUCAACGCUCAGGACAACGAGCUGUGGACGCCGCUGCACGCCGCUGCUACCUGUGGCCACGCAGGACUCGUCAAGAUCCUCAUCACACACGGUGCAGAUUUGCUGGCGGUUAACUCUGAUGGGAACAUGCCCUACGACCUGUGUGAAGACGACCCAACACUGGACAUUAUUGAGACAGCCAUGGCCAACAGAGGCAUCACUCAGGAGAUGAUCAACGAGACACGAGCAUCGACAGAGAGGAAGAUGCUGGGAGACAUUCAGGAACUGCUGAGACAGGGAGAAGAGGUCAACCAGCAGGACUCUCAAGGAGCAACACUGCUCCACAUUUCUGCAGCAAACGGCUACGUCCAGGCUGCAGAGCUGCUGCUGGAGGGGGGGGCUCGCAUGGACCUGAGAGAUACGGAUGGAUGGCAGCCUCUUCAUGCUGCAGCCUGCUGGGGUCAGAUGCAUGUGGCAGAGCUGCUGGUGUCUCAUGGAGCCAGUCUCAAUGCCAAGACCUUCCUAGAGGAGACCCCCAUUGAUCUGUGUGAGGAUGAGGAGUUCAGAGCCAUCCUGCUUGACCUGAAACACAAACAUGACAUCAUCAUGAAGUCACAGCUCAAACACAAGACCUCACUAUGCAGGCGAACAUCCAGUGCAGGGAGCCGCGGAAAAGUGGUGCGGAGAGCCAGCCUGUCGGACAGACACAACCUGUGCCGUAAAGAGUACGAGACGGAGGCCAUCGUGUGGAGGGGAGGGAGGGAGGAGGAGUACGAGAAAGAGAAGGAGUCAGAUCAGGAGAAUCACCAGGUGGUGAAUGUCAAGCCGGCUGUAGCUGUGGAGCUGCUGGACAAGCCCAUGCUGCCCACCAUCCUCAAAGACGGCAACGGCAAACAGAACGGCCUCAUCUCCACGACGACGUCCGUGCCGCCACAGCAGCCAUCCAAUGGCAACACGCCAUCGGCCGAUAAGUCCGGGGUCGUCUCCACUCAGGAGGAAGCCUUGCCUAGGGAGCGCGCUCAGACUCUGUCAGAGCUCAAGAAACAGAGGUCCGCCGCCAAACUAUUGAAUCACCCGCUGUUCAAUGGUCACUUAGGGAAUGGCUCCACAGACUCCUUCUCUGAUGCCAAAAUCAACUCAGAUGACCCCCGCAUGCCGCUGGUCUCCUCCAAUGGCAGCGCAGUUUACUACACGCCUGCCAGCGGCGACCCGCCCCUGCUGAAACUGAAACAGCCAAUAGAAGAGGAGCCUCCGAAGAUGCGGACCUGCUGCUGCAUUUCAUAGCUGGUCAUGUGACUGUUAGACAGAACAGGAAGUGUUUGCACAGAGAGGAAGGAAACAAGGACGAUGCUGUGAGGAGGAAGGAAGGAAAAGGGGGUGUUUUCCUAUCUUUGAGUGUCCCCUCGUCCCCUUCUUCUAACUUCUCCUGGCGCCGAUGGUCGGCCUGAAGAAGACACAGAAUCAAAUGACCCUCUCCCCAAAUGCAGGCAUGUUUCAAUGUAGCAGAGGAGAAGAAAGAAAUGGAGCAGUGCCACUUUUUUCCUUUAAGAUGACUCCUGGAUUAAAAUUCCUUUUCAUAUAAGGAGCCUCCCUGUAAGAAAUGCCAAAUGGAUAGAAAGAGUGCGAGAAGCUGUUACUCUGCUCUCUCUGUGCACCUUCAAGAAUCGAGAUGUGGACAGUUUUUUAAAACUUUUUACCCAGAAACAGUGAAGAAUUUGUGAUAAAGAGAGCAGCAAAAAGGUCUCAAGGUACAAGAAGCAUGAUCUGCCUUCAGGACUGAUGACGGAAGAGUCUUAUUACCCCACAUAAGGAUGGUUAUCAUGUAAUUAAACAAGAUUUUUCUGCAAGACAAACUCACGUUUUUUGUCAAACCACAUUGUUCUGCUUUUAAGCCACAUUUCUCAUUGUUUUCAGAAGAGCAGGAAUGCAAUAUCACAAGGGUCCAGAUGUUUGUUUGUUUUAUUCAUCAUGUCAGCGACAACGAAACGAAGCAACAGGAGAGGAGUGACGUCUCUUUUCAUGUUGAAAUGCUGCCUGCAUAAGCAAAGGGAAGGAACGUCAUGAACAGUAUUAUAAUAUUCAGGAAGUGUACUUGUACAGCGAGAGAUGACAGGAAAGAUAGAAGUAGUGAGUUAGUAUAAUACGUCACCUCACCGUCCUCUCAUUUCAGAGCUGAACUGACAGAUCAUUUGAUGCAUAAUGUUGCUCUCUUGUUAAGAUAAUUUAAGCAAAACAUGGUUACAAUGAUCAUUUCUUUAUUUAUGAAAUUAAUGUAAUAUGGUAAAAAAAAAGCUAAAAAAACAUAUGAUGGUUCCUAAAGUUGAGUGUAUUUAUUAUUUGGAUGGUGUGUGGAGAGAGUGAAUGCAAUAUAAGAAGAGCUGGGGAGACUUCCAGCGAAGCACCUUCUGACAGCGAGAAUCAAACGUUCAACAGAUGAAGUAGAUAAAGGUUACUGUCAGCUUAAUGUACAUGUUAUGAAAUCACACAAAAUAACCAUCCUGCUGGGAUGGUUAUUCAGAUCUGUGUCACUACAAAUAACAGUGUUAUUUGUUUAUGUAUUAUUUUUCGUUUGUUUUUUUUGGUGGCCAUUGUGUGGCUCUAUCUUCUUCCAGUCACUGUAUUUGUCUCUUUAACAGAAAUUGUAAAUGUUAUGUAAUGAACUGUAAGUAUAGUAUGAGACUCUAUGCUUGCUAACACAUUUGGUUGUAGUGAGCCCAUAGCAUUGUGACCCUGAAUGCAUCAUGAGUUCAACAGGAAAUAUAGACUUACCAUUACCCGAAAUAAGGACCAGAAUUAGCUUCUCUGCUGAAUUAAAAUGUUUUUUUUAAAAACAUUUUGGGAAAUAUGCUAUUUGCUCUCUUGCUUGGUGUUACAUGAGAUGAUUGAUGCUACUCUAUUGCCUAUAUGCUAACUAUGUAAAUGGAGCCCGUAGCUGGUUAGCUUAGCUUAGCUUAGCAUAAAGAGAGUAUCCUGGAGCUGCCCAAAGUCAAAAACCCUGCAGAACACAUCACAAACUUUUUUUCUUCUUUGCAUCAUCAACUUAUUUCAUUGCAUCUUCAAUUACUUCCUGGACUCUGCACUGGUUACCUGGCAACCCAUUUGGCACAUACCCUGCUGUAAGAUGUCUGUUGUUAGUACAGAUUAAACCAGCUAUUUAUAACAUAAUAACAUACUGUGGACACUUCAAAUAUUAACAAUGGCUCUGUUCCAUUAAGUAUUUUUAACUGACGGAUCCGCUUGUUGUGUCAAUCUCCUCAUCUAACGCUCUGCAAGUGAAAAUGCAUUUUCCCUACAAAGUUGAACUCAUUUUUUCAAACAGUUUCUUCAGUCUCCUUGUGAGUGCCAAAGAGUCUUCCAUGAUUUCAAAAAUAACUUUGAAGGACAUUCAAAGCCUUUGGGGAAAGGCUUUCUCUCCCAGUGUAGAGAUCAUUUGUGUUUCUUUUAAACAUGUGAUUACCCACAAUGCAACGACCACUUUAUCCCCACAUCAUUGACUGUACAGUGUCAAAUAUUUGUACAGGUGUGUUUGUAAAUCUGUUUGUAUCAGUAUCCCCUUUAUCUGUUCCCAUGAACUGCAUUUACAUGUCUGUGUUGAUACUGUUGAGGAACUUGACCAACACAACGAACCGUGUUAGUAGACGUGACGUUGUUGAGGGGAAACUGUGAUUCUGUGUAGACUCUAUAAGUAUUCCAGCAGUCUAAAGUAUAUCAGUAAAUUGAUGCAUCCAGGUGUCAGGAUCAUAAUCCCCCUCCUCCGCUUCUGUUUCCGAGGUUGCAUAUUUUUGUGGAAAUUUCUGCAGAGGUCCGUUGUGAAAAUGUUGCUGUUAAUUUUGUUACUCAACUCAAUAUUAAGUCACAGUUAAAGAGAUUUCUAUUUCCCCUAUUUCUGGUUCCUUCUUUAUUUUAAGAAGUAUUAAGAAGUUAGUGACAUCAUCUCGUUUCGAGUUACCUGAAAUUCAUUGAGGUUACCCAAGUUCAUGUGAGUCCUGGCCGCUGCAAUCAAGCCAAUUGAAAUUCUGCCUUCUUACUAAUGAAUAACAUUAGGUAUUAAUUCUUAACUACUACCUGGUCAGUAUUAGCUCAACGUCACCUGUUGAAAAGUACCCUGUGUUUUCAUGCUAUAAACAGAUCAAAGCUUUUGUUUGUCUGCAAGCCUUGCUGACUAUAAGGAUAUGGUGUUAAAAAGACAAAAAACUACUGAUUUUGUAAUUACUGGAAUAUAUUGAUGGUUGCAUUAACAUAUUUUGAAUAAAUUGUAUAUUUUGAGAAUUUUA